CGAGAGGCCACCGUAUUGUUUGUGGAAAAUUACCUAGAUUAGCAUGCCAUGUGUUGUCCUGACUGUAUUUUUGUGUCCGGCUAAGAACCGCCGCCUUGUGGAUAUUUGUGCCACGAACAGCGUGAUUCGUGCUGGGGUUGGAAUUAAUAGUCAGACGUCAUUUAGCAAAAGACAACUAAUUCUACAUAGAGAUAUCGUUACGCAUUGUUAACCUUACACCCGGCUAAGACGAGCUAGUUAGCUAACGUUAGCGUUAGUCGGUUCGCGUCAGCUGCUAUCAGGAUGUCCUACAGGAAAACGUUAAAACUUAUUUGCGGGUUUGCUGGAGGCUCUGCUAUUCUGUUGUUCGCCGCUGCCGACUCCCGUGGAUACUUCGGAGAACAUCGCGGAGAGGCGGCCAGUUGGUGGUCGAGAUUGACCGUUCUUCAAGCUGCGCAGCCGGCGUGGUCACCUGCCAGACACACACCAGCCCCGACUGGACAAACGUGGGACUUUAACUGGGACAAGAGAGAGCCAUUUGCACUGUCUAAUGGGAAGAAGAAGGAGAAUUCAACAGAAGACCCCAGCUCAGAGCAGGACAACGGCAAACCAAAAGCUACACGCAACAUUCUCCUCAUCAGACACUCCCAGUACAACCUGAGCGGGAGCAAUGACAAGGAGAGGAUCCUCACUCCAUUAGGUCGUGAGCAGGCUGAGUUGACUGGCCAGAGGUUGGCAGCACUGGGGCUUAAGUAUGAUGUUCUGAUCCACUCCAGCAUGACCAGGGCCACAGAGACUGCACGUAUAAUCAGCAAACACCUCCCAGGCCCAGGAGUGGAGCUGGUGAGCUGUGAUUUGCUGAGAGAGGGCGCCCCAAUCGAGCCAGUUCCACCUGUUGCUCACUGGAAGCCUGAGGCUGUGCAGUACCAUGAAGAUGGAGCUCGCAUUGAGGCAGCCUUUCGCCGCUACAUCCACCGGGCUGACCCCAAACAGAAGGAGGACAGCUAUGAGAUCAUCGUGUGUCAUGCCAAUGUCAUCCGUUAUUUUGUCUGCAGGGCCCUCCAGUUUCCUCCAGAGGGCUGGUUGCGUAUAGGCUUGAACAACGGUAGUAUCACGUGGCUCACCAUCCGCCCUAGCGGCAGGGGGGCCCUCAGAACCCUGGGGGACGCCGGAUUCAUGCCCCCGGACAAACUAACACGGACCUGAUGGACCGACCAGUGGUUUCCUGGGACUUGGUUGACUGCAGCGUCCAAGCUCAGUUUUCUCCUUAAGUGUCUUGAAAAUUACUUUUGAUGUUAUUACUUUGUAAUCGAGCCACAAGUACUGAGAGACUGUGUGAUGGUGUUGUCAUGAUUACACCUGUGCCAUAGAAUGCCAGCAGAAGGUGUUAACCCAUUCUUAGCAACAUCUCCUGAAUGUAACUGGAUUUUUAUGAGUGAUUUUUAAACCAAAAACAGUGUAUUUGUAUAGUUGUUGUAAAUGCUAGCCAUGCUCUUAGCUUUACAUGUCAUUAAAGUGUGCUACAGUGGCAAUUGUAUAGUAUGGUGCACCAGACACAACUGAAGUAAAGCAUCAACAUUUUGGCAGUAAAGUAGGGGGAUGUUUUAUUGAUUAGAUGAAAACAAACGAGAUCUUGACAUACAGAAAGAGUAAUCGCCAUGGAACCUUUCUUUGACAUUUUUAAUAAAGCACAGAAUGCUAAAAGCA